GACGGUGAUGUUUACUUUGAGAGGAGAGGAACAGAUCAUUCUGAAAGAUACACGGAAGGUUUUAUAACUUUUCUCUCAAGUAAACGUGUCUCUGCACCCCGGAGACGUGGGUUUUGUCUCCAGAACUUCCGGUAGUUAUCCGACACUGAGUCUGUGCUGAUGUCUCAUAGGAUCUACCGGUUCUUUUCAGUUAUCUCUAUGAGGGACAGCUCCUUUGCAACAGGAUUCUUUUGACGUUCCCGAUGGUCUGUCACAGGAAUGAGAGGCCUCAGUAACCACCAGCUGUCCUGCUGUGUGAACACACUCCUGCAGACCCUCUCCGCUACCUGGGAACUGGGAGAAAUACUCGACAAGUGGGAGACAGCUGCUGUGAGAGAGGCGUGGUGUAACGUCCCCCUGCAGCUGAAGAGAGUUCUCUCCGCCAUGAAGAGCGACACCUCUCGUCCUGCUCCUCAUUGUAACUUUCUCCGCUCUCUGGACUCAAACCGUAUUCGACUUGGUACGCAGCAUGAUGCUGAUGAGGUGUUCCUCUCCAUCCUGAACCUCCUGCACCACCAGAUGGACGACAGACGUCUGGCUCUUGAAAUCCAGAAUCUGUACAAGAUAUCCGUGGAGACAUGCGUGCAGUGUUUAGAUUGUUCCUCCGUCCAGACCCUGAACACCUACCUGCUCAGCCUGCCGCUGCAUGUCAAGGAAGAUCACGACUCUCUGGAAGGCUGCAUGACCUCCUUCUUUGAGCAUCAGGAGCUAAGGGGCAUAGAUUGCUGCUUUUGUGCACAAUGUGAAAAGAAGACUCCAUCUAAAAAGGGUGUUAAACUACUUUCCCUGCCUUGUAUCUUGAGCGUUCACCUGAAAAGGUUUCGGAAUAGCAAUGGUGACACCCGAAAACUUGACUGCAAGAUUACCUUUCCAGAAACCAUUGACUUUUCUGAGACUGUUAAGGAAGCGUUCUCCUCAGACUUUAACCAGAAUGACUGCAAGUACACACUGCAUGCAGUGGUAGUGCACUCUGGAUAUGCAUCGUUUGGGCACUAUACUGCCUACGUGCGCCAAAGGGGGAGCCAGCGCUGGUACUAUGCAGAUGACAGCCACGUAUAUAAGGCCUCCUGGGAAGAAGUGCAGAGUUCCUAUGGGGGAAAUCACAGCAGCGGCACAGCCUACAUGUUAAUGUACAGAAGAGAUUCAAAAGAAGCGGUACAACAACCACAACUCUCCGGCUGAGUGGAUUGACGUGGAUGAAUUUGAUCUGGGUUCAUGGUGCAAUACUGGAUCAAAAUGGAUACUAUAGGAAAUAUAUAGAAUACAUAUGCUCAUUUUCUUUAUUUAAUUUAUGGGACUUUUUAGAUGUUAUUGUAAAUGGUGAAUUGAUUAAUAUGUAAUGAUUUGUCUUGCUAAUUUAGACUGUACUUCGUCAAAGGAGUCUUUGUAUUUAAAGAAGUUGGUAAAAAAGCUUUUAUGGUUUUCUUAUGAUUGGAUAAGGGUUACCUGUAAUCAUAUGUUCUUUGUCAUCAAUAUCUCAACAGGUUUAUUCUGAGAUAAUACAUUCUGACAGUAAUUUGUGCUGAACACCAGCAGGUGGAGUUGAAGACUCAACACACUGAUGGGGUUUUCCAUCCCGAGACCACACACACUGUAAACACACUCUAUGAUAUGGGGAGGGUUGGUUUGAAAAAAUGCUUAGCUUAGAUAUUCACUGUUAUGGGGGAAAUACCUGCUAUUGGAGUCAGUGUUCAUUUUCCUGACACUGCUGUAUGAUAUAUGAGUCACCCAUUAAGCACAGUGAAGUCAUUUCUUUUUCUCGUUUGGACUGCCAAAAACAACAAUAUUAAAUCUCCUUCAGAAUCUCAUUUUGAACUUUCAUUUUCUCACUACUUGUAGGGUCUAUAACUUCUUACACAAAAGCGGAUUUGAUGUCUCAAUUAAAUUAUCUUAUUGAUGCAUCAACUACAGCACUUCUAUCACUACCUGGGCUCAAAAUGAAUGCACUUUAAUGCAAUUUAAUAAUGCCUGUUCUGAAUGUGUCUUGCAGUUAAAAAAUGGGUUAAAACUGCAAUUACAUCAGUGCUAAAAUGCUCGGUAUAGGCUUUCAGCAGAGCCUCUAAAGUUCCCACUCGUUUCGCCAAGAGUCGGGGGACCGUGUGAAAUGGUGCCUAUGUGCUGUGGAGCUUUGACAGAAUGGAACAUGUCUGCACAGUGCCACAGGCAGCAGGCCUCAUGCUUAGUCAUCUCGCUGCUGUGUGGCGCCACUUUCUAUAUAGGGGGCAUCUUACUCCCACAUUAAAAGACCAGGGCUUGAGGUUUAUAUUAUGUGUCUUGAUUGAGUCAGUGUCACAUUGAGAUUGUUUUAUCUGACUUUGCUUAAAUGGGAAGCUGACAAUGGAAUACUUGUUGACACAUAUUGAGAAGUAUUUGGAUGUGGAUGUAUUUACAAUAAAAAAGCAUUUCUAUUA